GGAGGAGGGGGCUAUUUAAAGGGCCUGGGCCCUGCGGCAGAGGGAGUGAGGAGUGACCAUGGCCGCCUCGGAGCUGAGCUGCCAGGUGUCGGAGGAGAACUGCGAGCGCAGGGAGGCGUUCUGGGCAGAAUGGAAGGACCUGACGCUGUCCACACGGCCUGAGGAGGGCUGCUCCCUGCACGAGGAGGAUGCCUGGCGGCGUGAGACCUACCACCAGCAGGGCCAGUGCCAGGCGCUGGUGCAGCGUUCCCCCUGGCUGGUGAUGCGAAUGGGCAUCCUCGGCCGCGGGCUGCAGGAGUACCAGCUGCCCUACCAGCGCGUGCUGCCGCUGCCCAUCUUCACGCCCACCAAGGUGGGCACCAAGGACGAGCGCGAGGACACCCCCGUCCAGCUGCGGGACCUGCUGGCGCUGGAGACAGCCCUGGGUGGCCAGUGCCUGGAGCGCCAGGAUGUGGCCGAGAUCACCAAGCAGCUGCCCCCCGUGGUGCCUGUCAGCAAGCCUGGAGCCCUGCGUCGCACCCUGUCCCGCUCCAUGUCCCAGGAAGCACAGAGAGGCUGAGCAGGACCAGGACCCGGGCUCUGCUGUGCCCACCCUGGGCUGGGCCCUUCCUGCCUAGGAGCGCCAAGGGGAGUCGCUGGCCCGGGAUGCUUUGUAGUUUGCCCGGAGUUGGGGGCUAGGGAGGAGGGAGCCAGAGGCCAGGGUGCCUGGGUCCCCUGAGUGCCCAGUGGGAGGGGAGCUAGGCGGUGGGCACUAAGAGUGGAGAGCUGGGGGCCAGCACAGCCGAGCACCCUCAGCCCCAAGGGAAGGGACAGAAGAUGCUGGAGAGGGCGACAGGACCCUGAGAAGAGUGACCUGGUCCAGGUGUCAGUUCCGGAGGACUGCAAGUGUGAGGGGACCGUGCUGGAGACCGGAGGGAGGGGGACGUGAAGAGGGCGGAGGUAGGGAGGAGCCCCCGGCACCCUCUGUUAGCGCUGCAAUAAAUGCUCCCCCGUGUUCCA